UCUGGGGGCUUGCCUUCUGCACAUCCCCAACCUCACUGGGGUUUCUGUUUUCUUCUUCCUGGGGGGGGCUGGGAGGGGGAAAAGGGGUGCCCUGAACCCUCCUAGCCUCCUCUCCACCGUCUUCUGGAUGGUUACUGAAAUGGUCAAGAACCUGUCCAUCGUCCCAAUUAAAGAGGCUUGAAAAAAAGACCCCAGGCCAUCAAGAUGGAUUACAUUUCCUACAGCGGUGUCCCGAGGUUCUUGACAAGGCCCAAAGCCUUCGUGGUCUCCAUGGGCAAAGAUGCCACCCUGAGCUGCCAGAUCAUUGGCAACCCCAUCCCGUUGGUGAGCUGGGAGAAGGACAAACUCCCCAUCCAGACGGGAGGACGCUUCAAGAUGGUGGAGGAUGAUGACCUUUAUCGUCUCACCAUCUACAACUUGAGCCUGGAGGACAGCGGUCAGUACAUCUGCCGGGCCAAGAACACCAUUGGGGAAGCCUUCGCCGCCGUCAGUAUCAAAGUCGGUGAGCAGACCACCGUGACAGAAUCGGCCCCGUACUUCAUCCAGAAGCCCACAUCCAUCCGAGUGAUCAUGGGUGAAGAUGCCAUGUUCAAGUGCAUCGUCCAAGGUAGUCCUCCCCUUGCCAUCAACUGGGAGAAGGACGGGAAGCAUCUGGGCAAAUCAUCUGACUCCAACCGGAUCCGGAUUGAAUCCCAGGGCGAGAAGAACGCUCUGAAGAUCCAAAGUACCCAUCUGGGAGACAGCGGGACCUACACUUGCCGUGCAGAGAAUCCUUUAGGAUCCUCCAGCGCAGCCGCUGCAUUGAUGGUAGAUCUUCCAGAUUCGUACAGCCCAGGCAGCACGAGACACAGUAUAGAUGACAUCGGUAGCAAGACCUCUCCACUGUUAUCCCACAUGCAGAAAAGACGAGAAGAAAUCCGGAAGAGCGAUUUGUCCAAAGUAGACUCCCUGAUCUCCACCGAAGGACGGUCCAAACUCGGAUUGAGCUUGUCCUUGGAUUACGAACGGGCUGCUAGCUUGACCUCCAAGGGACUCCGAGGCGAUGGAGGUUCAUAUUAUCGAGUCACCACCCGGAGCUUCACUGUCACCGAGGGGAAGCAUGCCAAAAUGAGCUGCUACGUAACCGGAGAACCCAAACCGGAGACGGUUUGGAAGAAGGAUGGAGAGGUGAUCCUGGAGAGCCGGAGACACAUAAUUUACGAGGACGAGCAAGAGAAUUUUGUCUUGAAGAUCCUCUUCUGCAAACAGGUUGAUAACGGCCUCUACACCUGCACAGCUUCAAAUCUGGCGGGUCAGACCUACAGUUCUGUGUUGGUAACUGUUAAAGAACCGAGAAUACCUUUCAAGACAAAACUCCAAGAUUUGGAAGUUCGGGAGAAAGACUCUGCGAUUUUCUUGUGUGAAGUUCCCCAUUCUGAUGUGGAGACCACUUGGUUCAAAGAGGAGACCAGACUUCAACAGAAUGACAAGUACAAGAUUGAAGAAGAUGGGCUGUGCCGCAAGCUCACAGUCCAAAAUGUCACCAUGGAUGAUGAUGCUGUCUACAUUUGCGAGAUGAAGGAAGGCAGCAGAACCAUCGCCGAAUUGAGCGUUCAAGGCAAUAUUAUCAAGAAACUGCCAAGGAAAACAGCUGUCAGUAUAAAAGACACUGCAGUGUUCUGCGUGGAACUGGAGCAGAAGUGCGAGAAGUUCCGAUGGUUGAAGAAUAAGGAAGAAUUAAAACCCAGUGGUCGCAUUUCAAUCUCAUCCGCAGAUAGAGAAUAUACCAUGAUCAUCCGGGAUUGUCAAAUGGAAGAUGGAGGAGAAAUUGUCUUUGUGGCUGAUGAAUGUAGAACAUCCACGCAAUUUACUGUCUCUGCUCCGAAGAAGCCCCCAUCACAUCCUCCAGCUGACCCAGUGGUGAAAAAUAAAACAGAAACCUCAGUGACGUUAGCCUGGUCUCUUCGGAAGACAGACCGGCCUGUCCCAAUUGAUGGCUACCUUGUUGAACGUAAGAAGCUGACUGGAUUCGCAUGGCUGAGGUGCCACCAAGCUUUGGUGUCCCAAACUGAGUUCAUGGUUAACAACAUGACCGAAGAGGCUGACUACCAGUUCCGAGUUUCUGCAGUCAACAAAUAUGGCCAAAGUGAUUAUCUGGAAUUUCCUGGAGUCUGGCAUCUUGAACCUACCCUGGCAGUGAAAACCCCUCUGAGAAAUGUUGAAGUUGCACCAGGGAGAGAUGCAGUCUUCACUGUGGACCUCACCACCCCUAGUCCCGGCUCAUGGUACAUCAAUGGCAACCUUGUGCAGAACAGUGACAAAUACAUAAUUACGAGAACCAAAGCAAGCCACAGUUUAAUAAUUAAGCGGGUCACCAGUGCUUUCAAGGAGGCAGAGGUGAAAUUUGUAGCCAAAGAUAUUGAAAGCAUCGGAAGAGUCACCUUGAAAGAUGAAGUGGCCACAUUUGUCAAUGACUCAGCCCCCGGGAUUUCAGUCAACCUUCAUGAGAAGUUUGAGCUGGUUUGUGAAGUGUCCUCAGCCACGGAUGCGGUCUUGUGGAGAAAGGGGAAGAAGGACAUCAAGCCAGAUCAAAGGGUGACAUUUUCUGUUCAGGGAAAACAGCGAAAACUUAUUGUCCAAAACGCCAUCAAGGAAGACGAAGGGGUUUAUACCUGCGAAUCAAACGAUGACAGACUAACCUUCCAGGUGGAGGUCAAAGAGCCUGCAGAGGUCUUUUUUGGCAAGGAGAAAGUCCAGAAAGAAAUCAGAGCUAUUCUUUCUGAAAACGCCUUUCUCAGUUGCGAAGUAGCCCAGCCCUCAAUGGAAGUGAGAUGGUUCAAGGAUGGGAAACUCAUCACCCCAAGCAAGAAAUUCAAGAUUGAAACAGAAGGGAAAUCUCGCUGGCUGAUUAUUCGACAAGUUGACAGGAAGGAUGGAGGUCAAUACACCUGCGAAGCAGAUGGCCAGAAACUGGCCUUCAAAGUUAUUGUAACAGAUAGAGAGGUUGAAGAGAUAUUUGUCAACCAGAAGAAGGUCCAGAAGGACAUAAGGACUGUGGCUUCAGAGAAUGUCUCUCUCAGCUGUGAGGUGGCCCAGACCAAGACAGAUGUCAAGUGGUUCAAAGAUGGACAGCUGAUCACCGACACCAAGAAGUUCAAAAUAGAAGAACAAGGUGAAUCCCGGCGUCUGGUUGUUCAACAGGUGGAGAAGAAAGAUGCAGGUGAAUAUACCUGUGAAGCUGAUGGCCAGAAGCUCACCUUCAAAGUCACAGUUGCAGAUGAAAAAAUUAAAGAAGUCUUUGUCAACAAGGAGAAGGUCCAGAAGGACAUCAAGGCUGUAGCUUCAGACAACAUUUCUCUCAGCUGUGAGGUGGCCCAGGCCAAGACAGAAGUUAAAUGGCUCAAGGAUGGAAAAUUGAUCACCUCCAACAAGAAAUUCAAGGUAGAAGCAGAAGAUAGAUCCCAUCAUCUGGUUGUCCAGCAGGUGGAGAAGAAAGAUGCAGGUGAAUACACCUGUGAAGCUGAUGGUCAGAUGCUGAAUUUCCAAGUAACAGUAACAGACAGAGAAGCUGAGGAGGUGUUUGCCAACAAGGAGAAGGUCCAGGAGGACAUCAAGGCUGUGGCUUCAGAGAAUGUCUCUCUCAGCUGUGAGGUGGCCCAAGUCAAGACAGAAGUCAAAUGGUUCAAGGAUGGAAAACUGAUCACCUCCAGCAAGAAAUUCAAGGUGGAAGCUGAAGGCAGAUCCCGGCGUCUGGUUAUUCAACAGGUGGAAAAGAAAGAUGGAGGCGAAUACACCUGUGAAGCAGAUGGUCAGAAACUCACCUUCAAAAUUACAGUUGCAGAUAGAGAAGCUGAGGAGAUGUUUACCAACAAGGAGAAAAUCCAGGAGGACAUCAAGGUUGUAGCUUCAGAGAAUCUCUCUCUCAGCUGUGAGGUGGCCCAGGUCAAGACAGACGUCAAGUGGUUCAAGGAUGGGAAACUGAUCACUGCCAGUAAAAAAUUCAAGUUAGAAACAGACGGUAGAUCCCGGUGUCUGGUUGUACAACAGGUGGAGAAGAAAGAUGCAGGUGAAUACACCUGUGAAGCUGAUGGCCAGAAACUGAACUUCAAAGUCACAGUUGCAGACAGAGAAGCUGAGGAGGUAUUUGCCAGCAAGGAGAAGGUCCAGAAGGACAUCAAGGUUGUAGCUUCAGAGAAUCUCUCUCUCAGCUGUGAGGUGGCCCAGGUCAAGACAGACGUCAAGUGGUUCAAGGAUGGGAAACUGAUCACUGCCAGUAAAAAAUUCAAGUUAGAAACAGACGGUAGAUCCCGGUGUCUGGUUGUACAACAGGUGGAGAAGAAAGAUGCAGGUGAAUACACCUGUGAAGCUGAUGGCCAGAAACUGAACUUCAAAGUCACAGUUGCAGACAGAGAAGCUGAGGAGGUAUUUGCCAGCAAGGAGAAGGUCCAGAAGGACAUCAAGGCUGUGGCUUCAGAGAAUGUCUCUCUCAGGUGUGAGGUGGCUCAGGCCAAGACAGAAGUCAAGUGGUUCAAGGAUGGAAAACUGAUCACCUCCAGCAAGAAAUUCAAGGUGGAAGCUGAAGGCAGAUCCCGGCGUCUGGUUAUUCAACAGGUGGAAAAGAAAGAUGGAGGCGAAUACACCUGUGAAGCUGAUGGCGAGAAGCUCACCUUCAAAGUCACAGUUACAGAUAAAGAAGUUGAGGAGGUGUUUGCCAACAAGGAGAAGAUCCAGGAGGACAUCAAGACUGUUCCUUCAGAGACCGUCUCUCUCAGCUGUGAGGUGGCCCAGGCCAAGACAGAUGUCAAAUGGUUCAAGGAUGGGAAACCGAUCACUGCCAGCAAGAAAGUCAAGAUAGAAACAGACGGUAGAUCCCGGCGUCUUGUUGUUCAGCAGGUGGAGAAGAAAGAUGCUGGUGAAUACACCUGCGAAGCUGAUGGCCAGAAACUGAACUUCAAAGUCACAGUUGCAGAGAAUGUCUCUCUCAGGUGUGAGGUGGCCCAGGCCAAGACAGAAGUCAAGUGGUUCAAGGAUGGAAAACUGAUCACUGCCAGCAAGAAAUUCAAGGUGGAAGCUGAAGGCAGAUCCCGGCGUCUGGUUAUUCAACAGGUGGAGAAGAAAGAUGCUGGUGAAUACACCUGUGAAGCUGAUGGCCAGAAACUGAACUUCAAAGUCACAGUUGCAGACAGAGAAGCUGAGGAGGUAUUUGCCAGCAAGGAGAAGGUCCAGAAGGACAUCAAGGUUGUAGCUUCAGAGAAUGUCUCUCUCAGCUGUGAGGUGGCCCAGGCCAAGACAGAUGUCAAAUGGUUCAAGGAUGGGAAACCGAUCACUGCCAGCAAGAAAGUCAAGAUAGAAACAGACGGUAGAUCCCGGCGUCUUGUUGUUCAGCAGGUGGAGAAGAAAGAUGCUGGUGAAUACACCUGCGAAGCUGAUGGCCAGAAACUGAACUUCAAAGUCACAGUUGCAGAUGCAAAAGUUGAGGAGAUGUUUGUCAACAAGGAGAAGGUCCAGAAGGACAUCAAGGCUGUGGCUUCAGAGAAUGUCUCUCUCAGCUGUGAGGUGGCCCAGGCCAAGACAGAUGUCAAGUGGUUCAAGGAUGGAAAACUGAUCACCUCUAGCAAGAAAUUCAAGGUGGAAGCUGAAGGCAGAUCCCGGCGUCUAGUUGUUCAGCAGGUGGAGAAGAAAGAUGGUGGUGAAUACACCUGUGAAGCUGAUGGCCAGAAACUCACCUUCAAUGUCGCAAUUGCAGAUGAAAAAGUUACCGAGGUGUUUGUCAACAAAGAGAAGGUACAGAAAGAUAUCAAAACUGUGUCUUCAGAGAAUGUCUCUCUCAGUUGUGAGGUGGCUCAGUCCAAGGCAGAAGUGAAAUGGUUCAAGGAUGGGAAACUGAUCACUGUGAGCAAGAAAGUCAAAGUAGAAGCACAAGGUAGAUCACGUCGUCUCAUUGUGCAACAGGUGGAGAAGAAAGAUGCAGGUGAAUACACCUGCGAAUCUGAUGGCCAGAAACUAACUUUCAAAGUCACAGUUGCAGAUAGAGAAGCUGAGGAGAUGUUUACCAACAAGGAGAAGGUUCAGAACAAUAUCAAGGCUGUGGCUUCAGAGACCGUCUCUCUCAGCUGUGAGGUGACCCAAGCCGAGACAGAAGUCAAAUGGUUCAAGGAUGGAAAAUUGAUCACCUCCAACAAGAAAUUCAAGGUGGAAGCAGAAGGCAGAUCCCGGCGUCUAGUUAUCCAACAGGUGGAGAAGAAAGAUGGAGGUGAAUACAUCUGUGAAGCUGGUGGCCAGAAGCUCACUUUCAAAGUCACUGUAACAGAAGCUGAGGAGAUGUUUGCCAACAAGGAGAUGUUUGAGAAGGACAUCAAGGCUGUGGCUACAGAGACCAUCUCUCUCAGUUGUGAGGUGGCCCAGGCAAAGACAGAUGUCAAGUGGUUCAAGGAUGGGAAAUUGAUCACCUCCAACAAAAAAUUCAAGGUGGAAGCUGAAGGCAGAUCCCGGCGUCUAGUUGUCCAACAGGUGGAGAAGAAAGAUGCCGGUGAAUACAUCUGUGAAGCUGAAAAACAGAAGUUGACCUACAAAGUUGUUGUUGAAGAAGCUCCUGAUGUCUUUAUUAAUAAAGACAAAAUAAAGAAGGAAGUCAAGGCAGUCCUGAAGGAGAAUGCCAUUUUGACCUGCCAGGUGGCCACUUCGGACACUCAGGUGAAAUGGUACAAAGAUGGACAACCCGUACCCAUCAGCAAACACAUCAAAAUGGAGUCAGAUGGAAACACCCGCAAACUGUAUCUGGAGCAAGUGGCGAGCAAGGAUGUUGGACAAUAUACCUGUGAAGCAGGUGGUCAGAAAGUGACCUUCAAGGUGGAAAUAACAGAACCAGAGGUCAAACUCCAAAGAAAAGCUGCUCAGGAGGAGACUAUUGUUGCUCAGGAGCACAAGGAGGCCGCCUUCUCCACCGUGGUAUCACCUGAGGAUGCUGAGGUCAAGUGGUUCAAGGACGGAGUUGAGAUCCACGAUGGUAAGAACUAUGAGGUCAAGAAGGACAAGGCGGCUAGGAUCUUGAUUGUGAAGAUGGCUGAAACCAAAGAUGCUGGUCUGUACACCUGCGAAGUUAAGAGUGAGAAACAGCAGUUCCAACUCAAGGUGGAAGAAGUACCGGUUAAGUUUGCCAAAAAGCUGGAGCCCAUAAAAGCUGAGCUCGGAAAGGCUUUGAGCUUGAGUUGUGAACUUUGCCAGCCUGAAGGAAUGGUAGUGUGGCGCAAGGAUGGAACAGUCCUCAAAGCCAGCAAGCGCUACCUGAUGCAAGAAAUUGGUGCCAAGAGAGUGCUGAUCAUCUCCAGCUUGCGGGCUGAGGACAAGGGAGAAUAUUCAUGUGAGACAAGGAAUGACCAAUGCACCAUUCAAGUCACCCCCACAGCACCUCGCAUUGUGAAGUUUGUCAAGGGCCUCUCCAAGGUUGUGGCAGAAGAAGGCAAAGAGGCGGUUUUUGAAUGCACCGUCUCCCCCAGCGACGCAUCCGUAAAGUGGAGCCACCGCGGCGCCCCAAUUGAAGCCAGCAAGAAAUACGUCAUUUCUCAUCGGGAUGUCCAUCAUAGCCUCACCCUCACCGAACUGACGGUCCAAGACAGUGGGGAAGUCAAAGCUGAAGCCGAGGGAGAAGAGAGCCAGGCCCACCUCCGAGUGGAAGAAGCGCCGGUGUUAUUCGUGAAGAAGUUGGAGCCCAAAGUUGUAGAAGAGAAACAGACAAUUGUGCUCGAAGUUGAACUAUCCAAGCCGACCCCAGAGGUGAAGUGGACAAAGAACGCGAGUGUCCUUCACCCAACAGCAAAUCUGGAGAUUCAGGCCCAGGGGACAAAGCACUGCCUGGUGAUCAAGAGCGCAUCCUGUGACGAUCGUGGGUUUUAUUCUUGCGAGACCCUCCAUGACAAGACGCAAGCCAAGGUCACUGUAGACAUGAGACCCAUCAAACUGAUCAAAGGCUUGCAGCCGACAGAUGUUCAUGAGAAGGAAUCGGUCACUUUUAAUGUGGAAUUGUCCCACGAAGACGUGGAAGGAGUUUGGAUGAAGGAUGGUCUCCGUCUCAAGUCACAGGACAACUGCCAGAUAUCCAUCCAAGGGAAGAAGCACUCACUGACGCUCUCAUCUUUGACAUUGGAAGAUUCAGCUCUUAUUUCCUUCAAGGCCGAAGGAAUUCACACCACAGGCAGGCUUAAUGUGAAAGAAUCCCCUGUGAAAAUCAUCACGCCUUUAAAAGACCUCAAAGUUCAAAACAAGGAUGAUGUAACCCUCGAGUGCGAACUUUCCAGGCCCAACGCGGAAGUGAAGUGGCGCAAGAACGGAGUGGAGAUCCGGGCAAGUAAAAGGAUGGCCAUUGCUUCCAGAGGAACAAAGAGAAGCCUCAUCAUUCAUACAUGUGAAUACGAAGACCAAGGAACAUACAUGUGUGAUGCGGUAGAUGAUAAGAGCUCAGCUGUUUUGGAGAUCCAUGCCCGGGACAUCAAGAUUGUAAAACCGUUGGAAGACGUGGAAGUGAAUGAAAAAGAAAGUGCUUCUUUCCUCUGUGAGAUUUCACAUGAUGAUGUCCAAACCCAGUGGUUCAGUAACAAAAACAAAAUCCGGGCUGGAGAGAACAUCAAACUACGUCAGGAAGGGAAAAGUCACACCCUGGUUUACCGCAGUGUGGAGUUGCAGGAUUCCGCAGAAAUAAAAUUUGUGGCUGAAACUGCAGAAUCACGAGCUCAACUUAAAGUCAAAGAACUACCGGUCAAAAUCAUUAAACCCCUCCGGGUGAAGAUUGCCAUUGAAAGACACCGAGGUUUUAUGGAGUGCCAAGUUUCUCGUCCGAAUGCCAUCGUUAAGUGGUUCAAAGGAGACCGAGAACUCCAUCCCGGUGAGAAGUACGAGAUGGUGAGCGAUGGGAUUUACCGGAAACUUAUCAUCAAUGAGACCGAGUUUGAGGAUGAAGGGAUUUACACCUGCGAUGCCGUGGAUGAUAAGAGCAGUGCUCAGUUCUAUGUAGAAGAACAAACCAUCAACAUCGUGAAGGAGCUGAGAGACGUGGAGGUGAUGGAACCAGCCGAAGCCCGCUUUGAGUGCGAAAUCUCUAUCCACUCAGUGAAGCCCCCCAAAUGGUCUCUCCGUGGGGAAGUACUACAGAAGGGCCCAAAUGUCAUCAUAGAACAAGAGGGGAAAAUCCACCGGCUAAUCUUGAGGAAAACCAAUGUGGACAUGACAGGCACCAUCCAAUUUGCCAUUGGCAAGUCCAAAUCCUUGGCUGAUCUGGUGGUCAAAGAUAUUCCAGUGACCUUCACCAGACCUCUAGAAGACAGGACGGUCCUGGAAACCCAUUCGGUGGUCCUCUCUUGUGACUUCAAGCCAUCCCCAAAGGAGGUUGAGUGGUAUAGGAAUCACACAUUGCUGGAACCUUCUGAGAAAUUUAAGAUGAAGAGGGAGAAGUUCACAGCUGAGCUCAAAAUCUUGAGGUUGACCGUCGGGGAUACAGGUGUCUACCGAUGCAAAGCCGGAAGCGCAGAGACGAAAGCCACAUUGACCAUUUUGGAACGCAAAGUGGAGAUCACCAAACAUCUGCAGGAUGUGGAGGUUGACGAAGAGAGCUUGGCCACCUUCUCCUGCGAGUUGUCUGAAGAUUGUGAGGAUGUUGAAUGGUUCCUCAACGAUACCCAUCUCUUCCCCAACAACUUCAAUGAAAUAAAGCAUUUGGGCAAGUCCCAUAGCCUGACGCUGAAGCAUGUCACGCCAGAAGACAGUGGGACAGUGUCCAUCAAAGUUCAGAAGAAAAUUUCUGAGAGCGCCCGGCUGAAGGUGAAAGAGAAGCCGGCAGUCUUCAUGAAAUCUCUGGAUGACGUGGUUGCUGAGGAACGAAGCACUAUCACACUGGAGUGUGAAGUCUCAAAACCAAAAGUGAAACCAGUGUGGAAGAAGGAAGGAGUGGAACUGACCCCAGGAGAUAAAUUUGAGAUGCUGCAAUCCGGGAAGACCCUGGGACUCACCAUCCGAGAUCUCGGAAAGGAUGAUGCUGGAUGGUACACGUGUGACCUUGGGACGGAUGUCACCAAGUCUAAAGUCAUCAUUCAAGAGCUGAACAUUGGUAUUACAAAGCGUCUAAAGAGCGUUGAAGUGCAGGAAGGAGAGAGUUGUAGCUUUGAAUGUGUCCUCUCACAUGAGAGUCUGGAGGGUUGUCAGUGGCUGGUCAAUGGGAACGAAGUCAGCCGUGAUGCCCGAUUCCGAGCCUUCAACAAAGGAAGAAAAUACACCCUCACAAUCAAGAAAACCUUAGUUACCGAUGCUGGUGAAGUUGUGUUUUCCGUGCGUGAUUUAAAAUCCAAAGCAUCUCUUGCGGUGAAAGAGCUGAACAUUGGUAUUACAAAGCGUCUAAAGAGCGUUGAAGUGCAGGAAGGAGAGAGUUGUAGCUUUGAAUGUGUCCUCUCACACGAGAGUCUGGAGGGUUGUCAGUGGCUGGUCAAUGGGAACGAAGUCAGCCGUGAUGCCCGAUUCCGAGCCUUCAACAAAGGAAGAAAAUACACCCUCACAAUCAAGAAAACCUUAGUUACCGAUGCUGGUGAAGUUGUGUUUUCCGUGCGUGAUUUAAAAUCCAAAGCAUCUCUUGCGGUGAAAGAAAAACCUGCCGAAUUCACAAAACAGCUGGAGAACAAGUCCACCUUGGUGGGAUGUGAAGUCAGCCUGAGUUGUGACUUGUCCAGAUGGGACAACAACCUGAAGUGGAAGAAGGAUGGCAAGGAGAUUCGGAGGAGUCAAAAAUACGACCUGCGUCAGGAAGGCUCCCGGGCAAUUUUAAUCAUCCAUGACACCACAGUGAAAGAUGGUGGAGAAUAUACCUGUGAGACCGAAUUCUCCAAAACGAAAGCCACGCUAUCGGUGGAAGAAGCUGGAAACUGCUUUUUGAAGGAUCUUGAGGACUUGAAGGUGGAGGAGAACAAGAAUGCCACCCUCACUUGUGAAACCAAGAAACCAACUUCUUCUGUGACGUGGAGAAAAGGCAUUGUUGACCUUCAAGCCAGCAAGAAAUAUGAGAUCAGCCAGAAAGGAACUGUCUUGCAACUCCUCGUGAGGGACCUUAAAGAAAAUGAUAGUGACAUCUACACUUGUGACAUUGGUGACAGCCAGUCCAGUGCAAAGCUAGUGGUACAAGGCCUGCCAGUAGUUUUUAACCAAGAACUGCAAAACAAGGAAGCCCAGGAAGGGAAUAAAGUCCGUCUUACUUGUGAGCUUAACAAACCAGACGUGCCCGUGCAGUGGAUGAAGGGCAAUGUAGUCCUGGAAGCAGGGGAUAAAUACGAAUUCAAGCAACGGGGUCCUGUGGCUGAGCUUGUUAUCCGGGACGCAAAGACAUCGGAUGCAGGGGAAUAUAUUUGCAAAAGUGGAGACCUGAAGACCUCUGCGCGAGUGGAGGUGACAGCAGCCCCUGCCGUUUUUAAGGAAGAGCUUAAGGAUGUGGAAAAGAAAGAGGGUGAGACGGUCGCUUUGCGCUGCGUCCUCGCCGCGCCAGAGGUCACAGUGGCAUGGAAGAAAGGUGCGACUCUCCUUCGGGCGAGCGAGAAGUACAAGAUGAAACAGGACGGCUGUGUGGCUGAGCUGCUGAUUCACCAUGCACAACCAGAGGAUGCAGGACAAUAUACUUGUGAAGCAGGAGAAAAGCAGAGCACAGCUCAGAUCAAAGUCCACGCUACACCCGUCAGUUUUAAAGAAAAACUGAAGAAGGCCGAAGCUCUGGAAGGUGGAGUAGCUACUCUCCAUUGUGAGUUAAAUAAACCCGCUCCGGUGGAGUGGGUGAAAGGACAAAAAACUUUACGGCCAGGCAGCAAAUACCGAAUGAAGAAAGAAGGCGCCAUCGUUGAGUUGACAAUCCAUGAUCUGGACCUGAAAGAUGCUGGAGAUUAUACCUGCAUUUCUGGAGACCAACAGACGACUGCAGUCUUAACCGUGAAUGCCGUGGCUGCGCAUUUCAAAACUCAACUGAAGAACCAGGAGGUGACCGAAAGUGGAACCGCCACUCUGCAUUGCGAGUUGACCAAAGCUGCGGAUUUGGUUGUGUGGAUGAAGGAUGAAAAAGUACUGAAACCGAGUGAGAAGUACCGAAUGAGGUUAGAAGGACGCUUUGCUGAGCUGUCCAUCCAAGAUCUGGAAGUCCCAGAUGCUGGAAGUUACACUUGCAUGUGUGGGGAUCAGAAGACCAAAGCAACUUUGAAAGUGAAUGCACUGCCUGUGUUUUUCCAAGAAGACCUAAAAAAUAAGGAAGUGACCGAAGGGGAAUCGACCUCUUUCCAGUGUAAGCUGAAUAAAGCAGCAAGUGUAGAAUGGUACAAGGGAUCUAGGCUGCUGAAACCAGAUGGAAAAUUCCAAUUAAAACAGGAAGGUUCUUGUGUUGAACUGGUGAUCCAAGGCUUGGACAUCACUGAUUCUGGAGAUUAUACUUGCAAAUGUGGAGCCCAGAAGACUACAGCUAAACUGACCAUAAAUGCCCUGCCGGUCCUCUUCACCAAAUCCUUAAAAGACAUAGAAGCUAUGGAAGGCAAAGUUGCCACUUUCCAGUGUGAGCUGAACAAAAUCUCUGCUCCUAUAGAGUGGAAGAAAGGACACAAGAUCCUUAAGUCAGGAAGCAAGUAUAAAAUGAAACACGAAGGAAAAAUUGCUGAACUGGUGAUCCAGAACUUGGAAGUAACAGAUUCUGGAACUUAUGCUUGUAUAUCUGGAGAACAGCAAACCACAGCAACUUUAGAAGUCAAGGCUCUGCCCGUUCUUUUCAAAGAAGGGCUGAAGAACCGGGAAGCUGUUGAAGAUGCCACCACUACUUUCCAUUGUGAGAUGUCUAAAGCUGGGGCUGAAGUACAGUGGAAGAAAGGAUCACAAAUUCUUAAGCCAAGUGAUAAAUACAGAAUGAGGGAGGAGGGUCCUGUUGCUGAAUUGUUGAUUCGAGAUCUGAAGGUGGUAGACACGGGAGAUUACUCCUGUUUGUGUGGAGAUCAGAAGACCACAGCCGUCUUGACGGUUCAUGCUCUACCUGUGCGUUUCCAAGAAGAACUCAAAAGCCAAGAGAUCCUGGAAGGAAGAACGGCUGUUCUGCACUGUGCAUUAAAUAAAACUGCUGUGGUGGAUUGGAGAAAAGAUGCACAGAUGCUCCAGCCAAGUGCAAAAUACAAAAUCAAACAGAAAGAAAAUGUCGCAGAACUCACAAUCCAGGACGUGACCGAAGAGGAUGCGGGGGAAUAUUCCUGUAUUUGUGGAGAUCAAACCACAUCAGCUUCUGUCACAGUGCAGGCCUUACCUCCACGUUUCAAAGUCGAUCUGAAGAAUCUCGAAGCUGCCGAAGAUGACGCUGCUACUCUGCGGUGCGAGCUGACCAAAACUCCUGCUCUUGUGAAGUGGUGGAAGGGCAGCGAGAUUCUGAAGCCCAGCGAUAAAUACAAAAUGAAACUGGAAGGUGUGGUUGCUGAACUGGUGGUCCACCGCUUGCAACUGGCCGAUACUGGGGAAUACAGUUGUAUUGUUGGCGAUUCGAAGACUUCAGCUUUCUUAAGGGUGAAUGCCAUUCCUGCAAGGUUCAAGAAAGGUCUGGAAGACCAAGAAGCUACAGAAGGUGGAACUAUUGCUCUCCGGUGUGAGCUGACAAAAACAGCUACGGUGGAGUGGAAAAAGAAACACAAGACACUGCGAGCAAAUGACAAAUACAAUCUGAAGCAGGAAGGCCCUGUGGUAGAGUGUGUGAUCCAUAACCUUGAUCUUAGAGAUGCCGGAGAAUACUCUUGUGUCUGCGGUGACCAGAAAACCACUGGAGCUCUGGCAGUCCAUGCCCUACCUCCCCAAUUCAAACAGGAACUGAAGGAUGUGGUAGCCACCGAAAAUGAAACAGCCACGUUGCAUUGUGAGCUCACCAAAGCUGCUCCUGUGGAAUGGAUGAAGGAAGGAAACAAAUUAAAAGGAGACAAGUACCAAUUCAGACAGGAAGCAGCUGUUGCCAAGUUGGUGAUCCGUGGUUUAGAAGUUGAGGACACUGGACGUUACACCUGUGUUUGUGGAGAUCAGAAAACUUCAGCUGCUUUGACUGUUAAAGUUCUCAAGCCUGAAUUUACGCAGCGGCUGAAGGAUGAGAAAGCGGAUGAGGGCAGCACGGUCAGAUUACGUUGUGAAGUGACAGUCCCCAAAGCCCCAGUAGAAUGGCGCAAAGACGGUGCAAGAAUCCCCCCUAGCCCCAGAUAUGACAUCAGACAGGAUGGGGGCAUCCGUGACUUACUCAUUCAUAACUUAGAACCCCAAGACAGUGGAGAGUAUUCAUGCAUCGCUGGAGAUCAGACCACGUCUGCCACAUUAUCUGUGCAAGUCCUGAAACCUGAAUUCACACAACGGCUGAAGGAUGAGAAAGCGGAUGAGGGCAGCACAGUCAGAUUACGCUGUGAAGUGACAGUCCCUAAAGCCCAAGUAGAAUGGCGCAAAGACGGUGCAAGAAUCCACGCUAGCCCCAAAUAUGACAUCAGACAGGAUGGGGGCAUCCGCGAUUUGCUCAUUCAUCACUUAGAACCCCAAGACAGCGGAGAGUAUUCGUGCAUCGCUGGAGAUCAUACCACGUCUGCCACGUUAUCUGUGCAAGUCCUGAAACCUGAAUUCACGCAGUGGCUGAAGGAUGAGAAAGCGGAUGAGGGCAGCACGGUCAGAUUACGCUGUGAAGUGACAGUCCCUAAAGCCCCAGUAGAAUGGCGCAAAGACGGUGCAAGAAUCCACGCUAGCCCCAAAUAUGACAUCAGACAGGAUGGGGGCAUCCGCAAUUUGCUCAUUCAUAACUUAGAACCCCAAGACAGCGGAGAGUAUUCGUGCAUCGCUGGAGAUCAAACCACGUCUGCCACGUUAUCUGUCCAAGUCCUGAAACCUGAAUUUACGCAGCGGCUGAAGGAUGAGAAAGCGGAUGAGGGCAGCACGGUCAGAUUACGCUGUGAAGUGACAGUCCCCAAAGCCCCAGUAGAAUGGCGCAAAGACGGUGCAAGAAUCCACACUAGCCCCAAAUAUGACAUCAGACAGGAUGGGGGCAUCCGCGAUUUGAUCAUUCAUAACUUAGAACCCCAAGACAGCGGAGAGUAUUCGUGCAUCGGUGGAGAUCAGACCACGUCUGCCACGUUAUCUGUGCAAGCCCUCAAGCCUGAAUUCACGCAGCGGCUGAAGGAUGAAAAAGCAGAUGAGGGCAGCAAAGCCAGAUUUCGCUGUGAAGUGACAGUCCCUAAAGCCCCAGUAGAAUGGCGCAAAGAUGGUGUAAGGAUUCAUGCUAGUCCCAAAUAUGACAUCAGACAAGAUGGUGGCAUCCAUGAUCUACUCAUUCAUAACUUGGAAUCCCAAGACAGUGGCAAGUAUUCGUGCGUUGUUGGAGACCAAACCACGUCUGCCACGUUAUCUGUGCAAGUUAUCAAAGUUGAAUUCAUGCAACGGUUGAAGGAUGAGAAAGCGGACGAGGGAAGCACAGCCAGAUUACAUUGCGAGGUCACAGUCACUAAAACCCCUGUGGAAUGGCGCAAAGACGGUGCAGGAAUCCACGCUAGCCCCAAAUAUGAUAUCCAACAAGAUGGGGGCAUCCAUGAGUUACUCAUUCAUAACUUGCAACUCCAAGACAGCGGCGAAUAUUCGUGUAGCAUUGGUGGCCAAACCACAUCUGCCACAUUAUCUGUGCAUGAAGUGGACAUCACCAUCAUCCGGGGACUGAAAAGUGCGGAGGUUUUGGAAGAGGAAGAAGUCACCUUCGAGUGCGAAGUCUCCCACGACAACGCAAAAGAUGUGGAAUGGAAAUUGCAAGAUUUGUCGCUUCAAAGCAACCAGAUGAACGAGAUCUCAGUCGAGAGAGGACGGGUCCACAAGCUGACGCUCCGCAACGUCACCCAGCAGGAUUCUGGCACGGUCACCUUCCGGGUCGGACCGUACAUCUCCACAGCGAGGCUCAGAGUGGACGCCCCACAUCCUGACUUUCAACAAGAGCUGAGUAACCUAGAAUUGCAAGAAGGCAGCGCAGCUUUCCUCAAAUGCGAAGUAUCUAUGCUCAACGUCUCUCCCAUAUGGAAAAAGGGCUCGGAAGUCAUCACUCCGAGCACCAAGUACGAAAUCAGUCAGCAGGGAACGACCCAUAUUUUAAAGAUUUACGGUGUAACUCGAAGAGAUUCUGGAAAAUAUAUUUGCGACAUUGGCCAUGGGAGAAGCAUGGGCACGUUAUCAGUGGAAGCCCUCUCAGCUCGUCCAGUUCUUUUUCAAGUCCAGCUGGAGAACCAAGAAGUCAAGGAAGGGGCAACGAUCACCCUGGCCACUGCGCUCACAAAACCCGAUGUGCCUGUCCAGUGGAUGAAAGGCUCUGCCCAACUGCAGCCAAGUCACAAGUAUGAGAUGAGACAAAAGGCAUCUUAUGUGGAGCUGCUAAUCCAUGAUGCGCAGUUGGAGGAUGCAGGCCACUAUACCUGUCAAACCGAGGACCAGCAGACCACCGCAUCUGUGGUUGUCAAAGAAAUACCGGCUACCAUAGAAGAAGAAUUGAAAGACCUCACUGUCCUUGAAGGAGAGGAUGCUGUGUUUCGCUGUGUGGUUUCUCAUGAGAAGGCCAAAAACCUGCAAUGGAGUUUGGCAGGUGUGCCUCUGCAAUCCAACGAAAUGAACCAAAUUGGCGUGGAAGGCAAAACUCACACCCUCGUUCUCCGAAAAGUCACCCUUGAAGAUUCCGGCACUGUCAGUUUCCAAGUUGGUCAGAAUUCAACACAGGCUCAGUUAUUGGUGCAAGCUGCACCGGUAACCUUCCUAAAAAAGCUGGAGAAUGCAGAAGUAACUGAAAAUGGCAUGGCAACCUUCCGCUGUGAGCUUUCCAAAUCUGGGGUCCCAGUGGAGUGGAGAAAGGGAUCAUCCCUGAUCCAGCCCAGCCAGAAGUUUGAAGUCAAGAUUGAAGGCAAUGCCUACGUUUUGAUCAUCCAUGAUGUGGUCCCAGAAGACUCAGGAGAAUAUAUCUGCAGUGCAGCUGGCAAGAAAACCACUGCCAAACUAAAAGUUAAAGCUCUGCCAGUGCUCUUCAAGCGAGGUCUGCAGAACAAGGAGGUUGAAGUAGGAAACACUGUGUCAUUGUGUUGUGAGCUGUCCAAGCCGAUGUCACCUGUGGUGUGGAAAAAAGGAAACACGAAGCUUCAGUCGAGUGAGAAGUACGAGAUCAGACAAGAAGGGAACUUUGCUGAGCUUCUCAUUUAUGAUCUGGAAAUUCAGGACGAUGGCGACUAUACCUGUGAUUCAGGAGACCAGCAGACCACUGCCACGGUCAGGGUCAAAGUGUUACCUGUCUUCUUUGAAGAAGGAUUGCAAAACAUUGAGUCAGAAACCGGAGGGAAAGCUGUCCUGUGUGGCAAGAUCUCAAAUCCCAACACUCCCGUCGAGUGGCGGAAAGGAUCCCUCAUUCUGCAGCCCAGUGCCAAGUACGAGAUGAAGCAGAAAGGCCCCAUGGUUGAGCUGAUCAUCUAUGACUUGGAACCGGAGGAUUGUGGAUCGUAUACAUGCAGCACUGGAGACGAGCUGUCCAUAGCCUCAGUAUAUGUACAAGAAGAGGAAAUACAGAUAGUUUCUGGUUUAAAGAACACGGAUAUUUUUGCCGGGGAAUCAGCUACUUUUACCUGCGAGCUCUCCCGAUCCGGAACACAAAAUGCACAGUGGUGGCUGGACGGCUCCCCUCUUCACAACAGCACUGCAAAUGAAAUCUCGGUGCAAGAUGGGACCAUUCACAAGCUGAUCUUAAAAGACCUGGGUCUCAAUGAUUCAGGAACAGUGACCUUCCGAGCGGGUUCUCUGAUAUCCUCGGCUAAAUUAUUAAUCAAAGAUCCGACCAUUGAGGUGGUCAGCCCCAUGCAGGACCUAACUCUGGAAGAAGAUGAGGCCGCGGAAUUCAUCUGCCAGUAUUCUCGGCCAGUGCAGGCCAUCUGGAAGAAGGAUGAUCAACCUCUUCGGGAAGAUGGCCAGCGAGUUGUGGUUGAGCAGGACUGGAACGUGGCCAAAUUGAAAAUCAAGCCGGCUUUUCCUUGCGACACGGGGAUUUACUCUUGUGAAGCAGGAGGCACCAAAGUGGUGGCCAUGCUUGACGUUCAAGCCAAGAACACAGUUAUCCAGGGCCUCGAGAACGUGGAUGCGAUGGAAGGAGGGGAAGCCCUCUUUGAGUGUUAUCUUUCCAAACCAGAAAUCUACAAUUAUAACUGGCUGAUCGAUGACGUCCCAGCAAAAACGUCAGAAAACGUGGAACUGGUUUAUUUUGAAAAUGGCCUUCGCCAUCUUCUGCUUCUGAAGAACCUCAAAGUCCAAGACAGCUGCAGGGUGACCUUUCAAGCGAGCGAUGUGGUUACGUCUGCUUUCUUGACCGUAAAAGGAUGGAGACUGGAAUUCUUGCAGCCACUGAAGGAUGUCACCGUCCGUGCCGGGGAGCAAGCCGUCUUCAGCUGUGUGCUAAGUGAAGCAGUACCAAUCUAUGAGAUUGCCUGGUAUCUUAAUGAUGUAGACAUCCAACCGGAUGAAAACUGGAGAAUUGAAGUUGAAGAAAAUACCUACAAACUCAUCCUAAAGAAAGCUGAGCUUCUCCACUCUGGGGAGAUAACCUUCGCCGCCAGAGAUGCUAUUGUGUCUGCAAAAUUGACCAUCAUAGAACCUGUUGAAGUGUCUCAGCCUUUGGUUGACCAGUCUGCCACACAAGGAGAGAAGGCCAAGUUGCAGUGCGAAUUGUCCAGCGAGACCCAAGAGGUGAUUUGGGUCAAAGGGAAAGAACCGAUCCAACCUGGAGGACGAUAUGAAAUCCUCUCCGAAGGCAAAAAACAGACACUCAUCAUACAAGAUUUUAAAUCUGAAGAUCAAGGAUUGUACACCUGCAUCGCCUCGCCUGAAAUCAAAACUUCUGCCAGUCUUUCGAUUGAUGUUUCUCCAGUGUCCAUGUUAAAAGAAAUUGUUGAGGAAGCACCAAUCUCUAAAGAGCCAAUGAAGGUAGCGGAUGAAGAGGUUCAACCCAGCUUGCCACCCGAAGCUGCUCAGGAAGGUGACCUCCACCUUCUGUGGGAAGCUCUGGCCAAGAAGCGGAGGAUGAGUCGCGAGCCGACCUUGGAUUCAAUCAGUGAACUGCCCGAAGAAGAUGACAAGCUUCAGAAGAGGAAGAAGGAGGAAGUGGAGAUAACCCAAUACUACUCCGAGGAAUACUCUACUUGUGAUGAAUCUGCAAAAGCUGGAGAAGCAGAUUUCUCCAUCACAAGUUCAGAUGAUGAAUCCAGAUCUGGGACACCUUCCUUAAUCACUUACCUUAAGAAGGCUGGAUCAACCACAGUGACUGUCAGUCACAAAGCCGUGGAGAAAGUACCUCAAGAUCAGCAGAAGUUCAGUGAAGAACCAUCUCCUCCUGCAGAGUCAACUGAAAUGGAGAUUACCGAAGGUGACUUGGAGGAUCCUUCUAUGUCUCAAGCUGCUGUCAAAAUCCAAGCUGCCUUCAAAGGUUACAAAGUGAGAAAGGAAAUCAAACAGCAGGAACGUCCGGUCUUUGCUGAGACCUUCAAGGACUUUGUUGGCAAGAUAGGAGACACCCUCCAUCUGGAGUGCAUGGCCCACAGCAAAACAGACAUGACGGUCAGUUGGCUGAAAGAUGGGAAUGUAAUUAAGGAUGGGCGGCAUUAUCACAUAGACAAUUACAACGAUGGGACCUGUUCCUUAAUCAUUGCUGGUCUGGAAAUGAGCGACAAGGGCAGUUACGCCUGCGAAGCCUCCAAUAAAUUUGGCAAGGUCACCCACAGUGCCAAGGUGACCAUCCAACCUCAAACACCUUCUCGCAAACCGAAAACUGCCAAGAAGCUUCCUGACAGCGAAUCAGAGAGCUCGUCUGGGAGUGAAUUGGACGACGCUUUCCGUAAAGCCGGACGGAGGCUCCACAAGCUGUUCAAGUCCAAAAUCUCCACCGAGAUAUCUGACGUUGACGAGGAACUGUUUGUCAGCGCGGACGAGGGAGAGAUCGAGGCAGUGGAUCGUCAGACCUACCGGGAAGACGAACGCUACAUCUACAUCAAGUUUGAAGUUCACAUGGAGGCCAAAACAGCUGCAGGCCGGUUUCGGGAGAUGUUUGCCGCUAUGGGUAUUCCUGUUGAGAUUGACAUUUUGGACCAGGGUCCUAAAAAGAUAGAGUUGCGUAUUGGGAAAGCCACUUCACCUCCUGCGGGACAGUUGCGGACUUCGGUUCAACGGCCACCACCUACUUUACUGACCUCUGAUACUGCUCCAGUCUUCAUCACCGAGCUUCAAAAUCAAGAGGUGCAGGAUGGUUACCCGGUCAGUUUUGAUUGUGUGGUGAUUGGCAAGCCAAUGCCGACUGUCCGGUGGUUUAAAGAUGGCCGUGUUCUUGAAGAGGAUGACCAUUACAUGAUCAAUGAGGACCAGGAAGGAUGUCAUCAGCUGAUCAUCACGGCGGUGGUCCCUCUUGAUAUGGGGGUCUACCGUUGUGUGGCUGAGAACAGCAUGGGCGUGUCUUCAACAAAAGCCGAGCUACGAGUGGACCUAACCAGCACAGACUAUGAUACAGCCGGAGAUGCAACGGAGACCUCCUCAUACUACAGCGCCAAAGGUUACCUGUCCAGCCGGGAACAAGAUGGAGUGGAGUCAACAACAGAAGAGGAACAGUUGCCUCAAAUCACGGAUGAACUUCAUGAUAUUCACGUGGCACCUGAAGCCCCUAUUGCCAAAUUCCAUUUAAAAGUGAAAGGUUUCCCCGAGCCUCGUCUCUACUGGUUCAAAGACGGUCAGCCGUUACAUACAAGUGAUCGUCUCCAAAGGACAGACAGCCAUGAAUUUCAUGCUCUGGAAAUUCUCCAGGUCACCAAAGAGGACGAUGGCCAGUAUUCUGUCUUCAUCACUAACUCUGCUGGGUCUGCUUAUUCGACAGCCAGGCUCAUAGUCAAAGGAGCUGGUGAGGACAGAAAACCAGAAAAAGACAUUUAUGAGCAGCUGGUGCCACCAAGAUUCCUGGAAAGAUUUACCAACAAGAAAGUGAAGAGAGGGGUCAGCAUUACCCUUUCAGUGAAGGUGGAAGGGACUCCAUCACCCUCAGUAACGUGGUUGAAGGAAGAAUCUCACGGUGAAGACAUCCUCUGGAUCAGGUCGGACACUCCAGGUUAUAAACUGGCCAGUUCCAAUAUGCAACACAGUCUGAUCUUAUUAGAUGUGGAUAAAACCUACAGUGGAAACUAUACUUGUAUCGCCUCCAAUCAGGCUGGUCAGUCUAUCUGCAGUGCUUCAUUGGACGUUUUGGAUGUGAAAGAGGCUGAGUCUCUGACCCAGGAGCGUGUGAUGGUGACAGAGGCCAUCAUGACAUCAAUUGGAGCUCAAGUUUCUGAAGCUGGAAAAGGAGAGCACAUGGAAGGAGAAACAGCUCGGAGUCAGAUUUCUCUAACCGAAGUGGGAACUGAGGAAUUUCUGCAGAAACUGACAUCUCAGAUCACGGAAAUUGUAUCUGCGAAGAUAAGUCAAGCUUCCCUCCGAAUUCCUGGAGCUGACAGUGAUGAUGAAUCAAAAACACCAUCAGCAUCUCCACGUCACGGCAGGUCCAGACCUUCCUCAACUGCUCAGGAAUCUUCCUCCGAAUCCGAUGAAGGGGAUGCAAGGGGGGAGAUUUUUGACAUCUACAUGGUCAUUGCUGACUAUACCCCAAUGGGGGCAGACCGUGAAACCAUCACUCUGAAGGAAGGCCAAUACGUGGAGGUUUUAGACUCCGCUCAUCCUUUGAAGUGGCUGGUCAGGACCAAACCCACCAAGUCAAGCCCAUCGAGACAAGGUUGGGUUUCUCCAGCCUACUUGGAUAAGAAGUUAAAGUUGUCUGCAGAGUGGGGUAUCCCCGAUGUUCCAGAGUUCCAUGGAGAAUCUGUUUCAGAGGAUGAAUACCGGAAGAAAUUAAGCCUUAUCAUUCAAGACCUGUUGGGCACGGAAGAGGAAUAUGUCAAGGAUCUUCUGUUCCUCCAAACACACCACAUCCAGUUCACAGAGACUUGUCCUGCCGUUCCUGUUGCUGUGUCCAACCAGAAGCCUGUUAUUUUCAGAAAUAUUACUGACAUAUCGCACUUUCAUUCCAACACCUUCUUCCCAGAGCUUCAGAAGUGUGACACAGAUGACGAUGUGGCCAUGUGCUUCCUUAAAAAUGAAGCCGAAUUUGACAAAUACAUCACCUACUUGGUAGGCCGGGUUCAAGCUGAGUCCAUUGUGGUCAGCAAAGCAGUCCAGGAGUUUUAUAAGCGAUACACAGAAGGGACAUUGGCUAGUGAGGAUCCUUCCCUGCCACCGAUAUUCCCUCUGCAACAUUAUCUAGAGAGACCCAUAAACCGGAUCCAGAAAUAUCAAACAGCAAUCAAGGACAUGAUCCGAAACAAAGCAAGGAACACCCAAAACUGCGCCCUUCUGGAACAGGCCUACGCCAUUGUUUCUGCACUCAACAGGCGAGCAGAAAACAACCUUCAUAUUUCUCUCAUUGAGAACUACCCUGGAACUCUGGAAAUAUUAGGGGAACCCAUCCGGCAGGGACAGUUCAUUGUGUGGGAAGGUGCUCCAGGGGCGCGGAUGGCAUGGAAGGGACAUAAGCGCCACGUCUUCCUCUUCAAGGGUUACUUGCUGGUGUGCAAACCAAAACGAGACACGAAGAUGGAUACUUACAGCUAUCUGUUCAAGAACAUGAUGAAGCUAUCUCACAUCGAUGUGAAUGACCUGAUUGAAGGAGAUGACCGGGCAUUUGAGAUCUGGCACGAACGGGAAGAUUCGGUCCGGAAGUAUCUCUUCCAGGCGCGCACCGUCAUCAUCAAAAACUCAUGGGUGAAAGAGAUCUGUAGUAUUCAGCAACGGAUCAGUCUCCCUGUAUGGGAUGCACCUGAUUUUGAAGAGGAACUGGCAGAUUGUACAGCAGAACUGGGCGAAACGAUCAAGCUAGCAUGCCGAGUCACAGGAACCCCUAAACCAGGCAUCACCUGGUAUAAAGAUGGGAAACCAGUUGAAGUGGAUCCUCACCACAUCAUCAUAGAAGAUCCCGAUGGAUCCUGCACUUUGAUCCUUGAUAAUCUGACUGGAGUGGAUUCAGGGCAAUAUCUGUGCUAUGCGUCUAGUCCAGCUGGCAGUGCCAGCACCCUUGGAAAAAUUCUCGUCCAAGUGCCGCCUCGGUUUGUGAACAAGAUGAAACAUGCCUAUUACACCAAUGGCGAAGAUGCACAGUUUACUUGCACCAUCGAAGGGGCACCAUACCCCCAAAUCAGGUGGUAUAAAGAUGGGAACCUCCUUACCGACCCAAACAAACACCAGAGCUUCAGUGAGCCACGAAGUGGCGUGAUUGUCCUGGUUAUCAAAAAUGCCUGUGAGGAUGAUGGAGGUCUCUAUGAGUGUGAGUUGAUAAAUAGGUUGGGGACCGCGAAGGGAAGUGCCCACCUUUAUCAUCAAACCACAACAGCCUUGGCUCCAGAGAAGAGACCUGAGCAAGCGAUCACAAUAGAAGUCACUGAACAAGAAACUAAAGUGCCUAAGAAAACCAUCAUCAUAGAGGAGACCAUCACCACCGUCGUGAAAAACCCAAGAACCAAACGGAAGCCAUCUCCCGCCCGUCCGUCUUCCAGCUACGCUCCUCGCUCUCCAGGCUCGGAGUUCGCAACAUCAGAACCAAUUUAUGUCAGCAAGGUUAGGCAACCUGGUCCCAGGCAUGACCUCGAAGGAGUAGGGAAGACCGCCAUUCCAACUCUUUUUGUGACAGACCCUCAGGAGAGGCAAGGAGUUGCAGGCAGGAGUAUCAGUGUAGAGACUCCUCUGGAAGAACAGCGUAAAUGGGUGGAAGUGGAAGAAAUAAUUGAGUUUAAUGUGCAGAAACCAACCCAGAUGUCAAGGAAGAGAGGCGCAUCCCCUGCGCGUUCCGAGAAGGAUGAAUUUGCAUCAGGUUAUUCUCGGCCCACCACGAAACCCAGGCCUUCCUCUGAAGAUGACCCAAAUGUGAAUAAUUCCAACAACAAACGAGUUGAGCAAGUUGAAUCUCCCAUCUCCCGAGAUGUUCAAAGAUCUGGAGAACCAUCGGAGAACCAAAAUGAAAGUUCUCAUGUGGAGCUAGAAGGAAAGGCACAUCUUCAUGAAUCCAAAAGCUGGAUUGACUCAUCUGGGACUACCACAAUUGAAACAUCUCAGAUGGGCCUUCAGCAUCCCCGGGUUGAGAACUAUGUUGUGGAGGAGUCUUCUCCAGAAGACGAGACUCUUCCAGAUCAAAAAACGACAGUAGAUGACCCCGAUCGGGGAGACCUCUCUGAUCUUGGCAACCGCGAAGUAAAAAUCCUUACCCGGAACGGGAAAGCAUUAACUUUGGAGGACCUUGAAGAUUAUGUCCCUGAAGAAGGAGAGACCUACAGGUGCAGCCAUCUUAAUUCCGAAGAAGAUAAACCUUGCGAGAUAGCUGUUCUCCAGACCGAGAUCAACAAACCCACCAUUGGCAAACCAGUAUUACUGAACGUCGGUAGGCCUGUGGCUUCUAAACCCAGGCAAACCUUCUUCAGCAAACUUGAAGGCCAUCACCCUGGAAGUAUGUUCAUGUCGGCAUCCAGAGUGACCGAGAUGCAACCUAGAGAUCCCACCAACGUUUCUUUCCAGAUUGGCGAGUCCCACCGACCAACUUUCUGCACGCAGGUCCAGUUGUCCCCAGACAGUGGCGCAUCCAAUUUCAAAACCGAAGUGUCCACCCGAAGCUACAACACUGCUGUCGGAGAAACCGUCACGUUCCACAUCAAGAAGGACGAUCCUUCCCAAACUGAACUCCAGGCGCCUGCUGGCAAAACCAGAGAAAAUGACAUAUUGUCUAGGGAAGCAGACAUCAUUCCCCAAGACAGAAGCAUGUGUGAAGGUGCUGAUCUCUCUUCCAAGGUCCUCGAAAUGAUGGCGGAGGUGCCGUGGUUCAAGAAUGAAAGAACAGAGGACAUUUUGGAUUUAGCCGGUGAGGGCGUCGCAGAGAGAACCCGUGUCGAUAAAAAGGGAGAAAAGAGUGUCACAAGUCCACCAUACAUGCAGGUGCCCCUUGAGGAUGUCCAGGUUCGGUGUGGGGAAAUGGCCAAGUUCCAGGCCGUCAUUGAAGGCGAUCCUCAGCCGGUUGUCGGAUGGUUUAAGGGAGUUUCCUUGUUGCUGGACAGCGAAAGGAUCCACCAGUCGAAGGAAGGGACUAGCUACUCUCUGAUCCUCUACAACGCUCGGGCCGAAGAUGGAGGGGUCUACGCUUGCAUGGCUAAAAACCCUGGAGGGGAGGUGGUCUGCAAAGCGGAGCUGGUGGUGCAGGAAGACAAGAAAAGUCAAGAGGCGAAGAAGCGAAGCCCACGAAGGAAACUUCAUUCUUUCUACGAGGUUAAACAGGAAAUAGGAAGGGGCUCCUUCAGUGUUCUCAAGAGAGUCAUCCAUAAAGCUAACCGUGUGGCUUGUGCAGCAAAAUUCAUCCCCUUGCGAAGUCGAACGAGGGAACAGGCUUAUCGGGAAAGAGAUAUUCUAGUCCAACUUUCCCAUGAUCGAAUUACUCAAUUACUGGACCAGUUUGAAACACGGAAAACCUUAAUUCUUAUUUUGGAACUAUGUUCCAACGAAGACCUUCUGGACCGCUUGUACAAGAAGAACAUGGUGACAGAAGUAGAGGUCAAAUUCUAUAUCAAGCAACUUCUAGAAGGGAUCCUGUAUCUUCACAGCAAUGAAAUAUUACACUUGGACAUCAAGCCCUCAAACAUUUUGAUGGUCCACCCUGACAGGGAUGACAUUAAGAUCUGCGAUUUUGGCUUUGCCCAAAGGAUAAAUCCGUCGGAGCCUCAGCACAGCACUUAUGGAUCUCCAGAAUUUGUCCCACCAGAAGUACUGUCCAGGUCCUCAGUGUCGACGGCAUCGGACAUCUGGCCAGUUGGGGUUAUUAGCUAUUUAAGUUUGACCUGCAAAUCUCCCUUUGCUGGGGAAAAUGACCGAGCAACCCUGCUUAACAUCCAGAAUGGAGUCGUGUCAUGGAAUAGCUCUGAUUGGGAUCAUUUGAGCAAAGAAGCCAAGGGUUUUAUCGAAAAGAUCCUUCAGCCAGCUCCUGGAACCAGGCCAAGUGCGAUGGAGUGCCUCUCUCAUCCAUGGUUUUCUCACAAAUCACCACCUGAAGAGGGUCAUUUUAUCGAGACAAAACCGCUCAACUUUUUUGUAUCCCGAAGCAAAUGGCAGCGGUCUCUUAUGAGCUACAAGUCGUUGCUUGUGAUGAGACCAAUCCCAGAAAUUCUGGAAAAGCAUCACAAGAACACCUCGCUUGGAGUCUCCCGACAACUGGUCGAAGAGAGCAGUUCCUCCAGCACCAGUGGAUCGUCUUCGGACAACGAGAUUUUGGUCUCCUCUGGAAAAAAGCCUUUUGGGACCAUCCCGGAGGUUCGUCUGUCUGUGCUGGAAGGCUCAAACGAUCAAGAUGAUGAAGUAUUUGAAGAUGAGUUCAAACUUCCUGAUGACUCCAUGCCUCCCAUCAAAACCAGAAGGUUGAAGGAACCUGCAGCGAAGGGACAUCCUGUCCGAGAACGAGAAAUCUCCAAAGCUGACCCCCAUGGAAGAACAAUAUUUGAGCUGGCUUCGUUGCAAGAUCAAACUGGAUUGUUGCCUCCAGAAGAAGGAAAUAUAGAACGAUCUCCAGGUUGUGUCCCGAGACAUAGCGUCAUCAAAAGCACUUUUUACAGCCACCCAUCAGAAAAUCUGACCGACUUUCCUUCCUCGCCAGGAAAAGGGCAAAAGAAACAGUUAGAAAAAGCUAAGAGAUCUUACAGGAAAGCCGGAUACUCAAAGUCCGCUUUAACAGGUCUACGGGAACCCUUGCUAGAACGGUUUGAACUUGGUAGAGAAGGAGGACCGUUGGCAGAUGCAGAAUUGGGGAAGGAACGAGAAGGAAGUUAUGGACCCGUAAUCACCAAAUCAGCUUCUUUUGAUACCGCUCAGAAAUCACCCAAGGUGACUUUCCAGGUAUCCACCAGGAGCCGUUCUUUGGAUGACUACAGAAUAAGAGCUCGGAGCUUUGCUGAGGAGCAGGAGAUUGUAGAAGAAGACCUGGACACCAUGGUGCAGACUAGUCCGGCAGAAAAAACUCGUGUGAGGGAUGAAAAAACGACAGCAGCAAAAGCUAGGGAUGGUUUUUCUGUAGAACACCCAAUGUUAGUACAACCGGGUGACAAGGAAAGAUCCAAGUUGGGCCUUCAGCAGGACAAGAAGACUUUGAUUUUGGCACAGAGCUCUGAAAAAGAGGAGGGUUUACCUCAGAAAACGAAGGUACCACAUUUUGUGGGAAAAUCUCCUCAAGGCAGAGAAAAUCAGCAAUCUGGUUUUGCUUCAGGGUUGGUUUCAAAAAGUGACAUUGAGGAGGAGCAGACAUCCAUGUCUUCUCCUCACAGGGAUGGACGAACCAUUUUUCCAAAGGAGGAAACCUCUGUUUUGAGAGUGCCACCAUCAGAGAGCCCAAAUUUGGUGUCCCAGGAUAGCAAGAAGGCAACCCCAACUUCUCCCAAGAGUAUUGAAGGACGUCAACUUCAACAAGGAGAAAGUCUUCAUCUUCUGAAAGCUGUUCCUUUGCACAUCUCCCAUGUUCAGGCUGAGAAACAGCUGGCUGGUGCUCCAGACAAGAGUCCCAAAGACCUACAGACUGUGUCAGUGUGUGAAGACCAGAAACCUUUGCAUCAGUUGCCUGUUGCACAUCUGGAAAGGAAGCUACCUGUUGCAAAAACUGAAGGUCCUGUUCAUCCAGAGAUAGUUGCUCUGGGAGGAAGCCAGCACCCAUCACAACAAGAGUCUCCUCUUUACAGAAGACCAUAUCCUACUACCCCAAGAAGUGCUGCUGCUCUGAUGCAAGCAGCUUCCCAACCGGGGCCCACCUCAGUACCCAUACUUCAUGGAGAAACCCAGAUGGCCUCACUUCCGAAGUCCUCUGCUUACCCAGAAAGAGAGUCUCUUCUCAGAGAGGUUCAGCGUACUCCUCAAGCUCAAGCAGAUCUGACGUCCUUUUUUGAAGCUGAAAAGUAUGAGCUCUACCACCACCUGCCAUCUGCUCCUGGUGAGGCCCUCCAGGGUCCAACCCCCACCAUAGCAGGCUAUUCUCUAGCGAAAAUGAGACCGUUUGCAACCUCUGGAGAAAAAGUCUCCAUAACUCAAACGAAAAGACCACAUUCCAUUGGGGAAGGCAGAAGCCACCAGCAGAGACUUUACAGUGACUCAGAGGCUCACGUUCUGGAGAACUUAGCAGAGGAGAUGGCUUACCGAUCGAAAGCAACACUUCCUUGGUCAGAGUCACCCCAGGAUGAGAUGCUCCAGCAAACGUCACCUGGCCAAGUGGUGAGACCGAAAAGUCGGUAUCUGGUGCGCAGAGGCAAGAGAGAAGGUGGCAUUGGCCUAGCAGAUCCUUCAGAAGCUGAUAUCAUCUAUCCUGGAGAAGAAGACUAUUUCAGUCUUCAGUCUUACCUGAGCAAGAAAGCCAGGAUGUCUGCUCCUUAUGAAGGCUCGGAUUAUCCAGGAAGCAGCCAACAAAUGUAUGAAAUUGCCCUUGUGCAGAUCCAGGAUCUCUCAGAGAUGCCUCGUCCUGACAGCAAGACCUCCAAAUUUGAUAUCACGGAGGUAGAACCAGCUUUCCUUAACCUUCAUGAACUCUAUGACAUUGUCUAUUCUCCGUUCGAGUUCCUGAGUUUCAGGAAAGCCCCUGAGAAUUUGCCCACUAAAAGGCCACCUGGAUCCAAACUCCUUUCUCAGCAGGAGAAAAAAAUAUGUCUCAGGGAGGAUAAUUUGCCUGAGGUGGCCCUCAAGGAACCUUCUGGAGAAGAAGAAACAGGUGCCCUCAAAAUGGAGGUGGCUCCUGAACCGGCCAUAGCACCACGGAUAGGGAAGAGGUCUGACUCGGAAGGUGAUCUACCAAUGGGGUCCCAGUAUGAUCUCCCAUCAGAUCCAACAAGGAAGAGGAAGAGUUCUCUCCAGAGUGCCUUAGGACUUUUCAAGCCGGUUGUCCGCUCUCAGUCCAUGGAGCAGGUGGAACUCAGUCUGAGGAAGAGGAUGAAGGCAUCCGUAGCUCAGUUCUCAAAGAUGUUGACCAGAAAACUUUCCAGUGAAGACACCAGAACAGCCUCUGAGGAAGUCAAGAGUGAGCAAGCCGAGAGGACCUCCUUGACGGAGCCUUCCCCAACUUCCAAAAAGAAACGGAUGUUCUCUGCAUUCACUUUGCCAAGCCUCAAGACCAAAGACAAAGGACCUUCUUUCACAGAAGAGCUCACCGAUCAGACCGUUGCCAUCGGACAAUCUCUGACCCUCUCCUGCCGGACAUCGUCCCAUUCCUUCUCCGGCGUCGAAUGGUUCAAAGACGGAGCAGCAAUUUGUAGCACAGAUCGGAUCCUGAUUUCUUCGACUCUAAAACGGUUCCAGCUUUUAACCGUCUUAUCGGCUACGAUGGCGGACUUUGGCGUGUACACCUGUAAGGCUACCAGUUCCCACGGUUCCGUUUCCACUUCCUGCACCAUACGGAAAGCAGAAGCACCUUCAAAUAUACCUGCCCCCGAUAUCCUUGAAGUUCUUGAAGACGGCGUACAACUGGCCUGGGAAGCGAUGGAACUCAGCAACCCAGUCACUUACACCGUUCUGUGCAAGAAGGACGAUGGAGAGUGGAAAACCCUGGCCGGUGACAUCCCGGAUUGCUGUUACACAGUUGAACAUCUUCCUCGGGGUUUGGUCUACUCCUUUCGCAUUGCUUGUGUGAGCCCAGCCGGCGUGGGUCCAUACAGCUACCCAACUCCCAAAGUGAAAAUUGGCGAAGAAGAUCAAGCAGCAUUUCAAGCUCAGGAAGAAGAGGACAGGAUGGCAGCUCCACCAACACACCAGACCUACGCCUUCCAGACCGAGAUUAAAAGGGGCCGUUUCAGCAUCAUCAAACAAUGCCGAGAAAAAUUCAGCGGGAAUCCGUUGGCUGCCAAAAUUAUACCCUAUCAGCCGGAAGAGAAAGACGCCAUCCUACAGGAAUACCAGAUCCUAAGGAAACUGCACCACACCAAUGUAGGGCAGCUGCAGGGCGCCUAUGUGAGUCCACGUCACCUUGUACUGAUUGUCGAACUCUGCGUGGGCCCCGAACUGCUCCAUGCCUUAGCUGGAAGGUCUUCGUAUUCAGAGGUGCAGGUCAGGGAUUACCUGUGGCAGAUUCUCAGUGCGGUCGAGUACCUUCACAAACAGGACAUCGUGCAUCUGGACCUGCGGUCUGAAAACAUGGUGAUUGUUGAGCCCAACCUGUUGAAACUUCUGGACUUUGGCAAUGCCCGGUUCUACACGCCCGACCAAAUCAUAACCGUGGAUGGAUGCACGGAUUAUGUAGAAACCAUGGCUUCAGAACUCCUAUCGGAGAAGGGAGCCAUCCCACAGACGGACAUUUGGGCAAUUGGCGUGACAGCUUUCAUCAUGCUAAGCGCUGAAUAUCCCAUCAGCUCCGAGGGUGCCUGUGACUUCGGAAGGCUGGUCAGGCGGGACAAGAUACGACUCAACAAAUGUUACGCCGGCCUUUCAGGGGGAGCCAUCAACUUUCUCCAGAGCACACUUUCCUUGAAUCCAUGGAGGAGACCCACAGCCACAGAAUGCCUCCAGUCUUUGUGGCUACAGGAGACCGGCUUGGACGAACACCAGCAAGCCACGGUUUCUUUCUCCACCACCAAGCUGAGAAAUUUUGUGGCUGAACGCGAGCGGAAAAGAGCACUCCUCUGUUCAAAGUAUGGAGUGAUGGCUGUGUAGCCAGCUAAACCUUUCACCCUUUCACUCUUUCUGGCUGCCCUGACUCACACCAGGACUCCAAAAAGGAAGGAUUCUUAAGCAGCACAUGACAAGCAACAGAGGUUUGCAGGAGAAAAUAUUUAUUAUGAUAGCGGAAGAGAAGAGGCCCCAGCCGCCACAGACGGAUGCAUUUUAUUUGUUUUUAUAGUAAUGUUCCUCUCAUAUCCUCAACAACUUGGAAUAAUUAACAUAUUGGAGAAAGUGAAAGUGAAAGAUUAUCUGUUUCAAAAGCAAUUCAAGGUUGGAUGCAACCCCACAGAUGGAAUUUAUGAAAUCUCUGGGUUAUUUAUUUAUUUUGUUUUUUGCAAAGAAAAAAAAAGGAAGUAUUUAUGAAGAAUCUGGUUUUUUAGAGGCUUUGACAAAAGCUGGAGGGGAAGAAGAGGCUACACAGUAUUUUCUAUCCGUUGUUCCCCAUCAGUUCAGCAUGCAAAUUGUCCAUGCACCUUACAACCAUUUCGCAGAAAAAAACCAGGAAGAUUUAGAUUUAAUUUUGGUUUUCGUUUUAAUUUAAUUAAAGGUAGUUCUAUUAAAAUAAAUUUAGUUCAGUUAGUUAAUUAUUUAUUAAAGAAUUUAUUUAAUCCAAAUGAAAUUAAUAAAACUAAAUUAGAAAAUUAACUAUAAAUUAAAUUGGUUUUAUUAAUUUAUUUUAGUUUUCAUAAUUAUUUAAUUAUUUGAUGUUAGCAUUAAAUAAUUAAUUGAACAGUUUUCUUUCAUUGCUUCCCCCCGUCCCCCGCCCGUUGUGUUCAAUAGGAAUAACUUUCAGAGGUGCAGAUAAAGCUCAUUUUAUUAGGAAGGAAAAUCAGUCUGCCUUAGAAGACUUCAUUACAUACAUACAUAAUAAAACUUUGUGAUAAACAUCAGAGUAAAUUUCAUUAGCAGUUGGAUGAGUUUCAAUGGCUUUACAGCUCUGGCUUUUCACGUGU